AUGAUCUCUAAUCCUACCAGUGUCGACCUCGACACUGCCGAUCCCAGAGACAUCAUCUGCUACCUAAACGCCUCAUCAAAUGACUACAACGGUCAACUCGGCGCUCGCAUUUCCUCCAUCUUCGUAAUUGGAUUCGUUUCCUCAGUCGUGACAUUCUUCCCCGUCAUCGCUAAACGGGUUCCACGCCUCCACAUUCCGCUCUACGUGUACCUUUUUGCCCGCUACUUCGGUGCCGGCGUAAUUAUCGCAACAGCAUUUAUCCACCUCCUCGAUCCGGCCUAUUCUGAAAUCGGCAGCGCAAGCUGCGUAGGCAUGACAGGCCACUGGGCAGAUUACUCCUGGUGUCCCGCUAUCGUGUUAACAUCGCUUAUGUUUGUUUUUCUCCUUGACUUCGGUGCUGAGCGCUAUGUCGAAAAGAAGUAUGGCAUAUGUCGUGAAGAUCCGGAACCAGUCAUGACGACUCCUACGGCUGGUGAGGGACCGACGCAUAGACACAGACAUUCUAUUGAGCGGGAGAGGUCAGCCGAUAAACAAUUUAAGGAGCUGGAGUCUCAGUCCGAUACAGAUACAGAUGAGGGGCAAAUCGAGCGCUCCUUUAAGCAGCAGAUUGCGGCAUUUUUGAUUCUAGAGUUCGGUGUCAUCUUUCACUCUGUUAUUAUUGGUUUGAACCUCGGUGUAACUGGUGAUGAGUUCGCGACUCUCUAUCCCGUCCUUGUAUUCCAUCAAUCUUUCGAGGGUCUCGGUAUCGGUGCCCGGAUGUCUGCCAUCCCUUUCAAAAAGGGUAGCUGGUUGCCCUGGUUGCUCUGUGGAGCGUACGGACUCACAACCCCCAUCUCGAUUGCGAUUGGUCUCGGCGUUCGCACAACAUACAACUCCGGCUCUUACGUUGCCAAUGUCGUCUCCGGUGUUCUUGAUGCUACUUCCGCUGGUAUCCUGAUCUAUACUGGUCUUGUUGAGCUACUUGCUCGUGACUUCUUGUUCGAUCCCCAUCGUACCCAGGAUGAUCGCCGACUUCUUUUCAUGGUUUUGUCUAUGCUUCUUGGUGCGGGAAUUAUGGCCUUGCUGGGCAAGUGGGCUUAG